UUGUUAUUAAGUGUAUGUCAUAGUCUGACUUUCAUUUCUGCUAAAUGGUAUCUAAGUAGUCCUUGAGUUGCAGGAUAUGAGGACUUUCAGAAUGAUUUACACAGGCAUCAGUUAUGCAAUCUCUAUAUGAGGACACUGAAGUGUUGUAGAAAAUAAAAGAGUAUUAGACUGGAGUUCUGAGGUGAUUAAAAUGCGCUACUGAAAUGGCUAUCAGAACAAACUCAUCUGAGUAUUAUUGGUCUUAUGAAUAUUACUGGGACUAUUUGGAUCCAGUUCCUGUAGAUGAAAGGAAGUUGAAGGCUAAUAAAUAUUCAAUUGUCAUAGCCUUUUGGGUUGGGCUUGCUGCAUUUGUGGUGUUUCUGUUCCUUAUAUUGCUGUACAUGUCCCGAUCUGGGUCAACAUCAGUCAAACAAGUGCUUGCAGGUAACCGGAUAGAACAUCUGGAAGGAAGUAGCUCCAAUGUUGAGCGGCUGCAUUGUGAUGAUCUCAGCAGUCCGGACUCAGUCUUGAUCGCUACUGAACCACGUAAUUCUCUUUCAGAUGAAACUGGCAUUCAUGGAAGUAUCUCAGCUUGAGUGAGAACUGGAGACGGAUUCCUUAAAAACCAAUCAGUGAUUAUGACAGUGGGAAGAUACAAGAAUACCCUUGAUACCUGUUAGGAGCUUUAUAAAAUUACCCCUGAAAACGAGAACAAAAAUAAUUUUAAAAACUAAGACUAAAAUUCAAAAUACUUAAACCUAGAUGCCUAAUGAUUUAGGCUUCUCAAGCGAUUUAGGCACCUAGCUAGAUUUGCUGUUUAUUAGAGGUGUUGAAUAAUCCCAGAUCUUGCAAAUGUUGACCAUUGUCAAUUUACUAAUGUACUAGAUGUAAGAACAACUUAAAAAAAAUAAUCAGGGACACAUUCUGCUCUCACAUUCUGGUUAUAAAUCUGAAGCAACGCUUCUGCUGUCAAGUAUAUUACUCUGAUUUACUCCAGUGUGGCUGUGAGCAGGGGCUGUUCCUGCAAGUAGAGGUAGAUAGAAGUGGUUCUCAAUCUUUCCAGACUACUGUACCCCUUUCAGGAGUCUGAUUUGUCUUGUGUACCCCAAGUUUUACCUCACUUAAAAACUACUUGCUUACAAAAUCAGACAAAUAUACAAAAGUGUCA